CAAUUCAUACUAAACCUACCAUGUCUUGUCAUGGGCCGGCAGCCUAAUUCACACCUAUAGUUUCGGGAUUUCGUCAGCAAACAGCUGGAUAAAGUUAAAAAGUGAACAUGGCCAGAUUGCCAAAGUUACCACAAAAGGUUCUAUAAUAUGGUGGUCAGGACAUUCGGUUCUGAAUCCUGUAAUCUGAGUUCAAGUUAAUAGUUUCCUCUCAAUCAAUUUUGCUUUAGGACCAAAGAUGUAAUUUACUCUUUAUAAUAAUAUAACCUCCAUCAACCAUGUCUCAUUCUGGACCUUAUAUUUUUCUUACAACGCCUGCAGCUCUUGGCUGUUAUCCGUUUGUAAACACGCGGCAAUUAAACAAAACGGAAUGGCAGUGACCCUUCUCUCAGCACCAGCACCACCAUCUCAUCAAACCUCCUUCUUUCAACGCCCUUACUCCAUAACUUUUAUCAAGUAUCCAUUUAAGCCUAUCAUCCCUCUAUCCGCUACUGCUUCUUCAAGUGCUUCUACCGCUGGAGAUGAACCUCCUGCUUUACCUGAAGACAUUCCCUUCCAAUCAGAAUCUUCCACCAUUGCAGUUGAAGAUUCUCCUUUCAGGGGUUGCAAGGCCUGUGGCAGAGAGGAAUUAGAGAGGGGAUGCAAUGGUGAGGGGAGGAUUCAAGGAGGGAUUGCAACAGUUCCAGGGUUUGGUUGGUGGCCUAUAAAGGCUUACCGGCCUUGUCCUGGAUUUGUGGCAUCAGGUGGUAGGUAUAUGCGACGUGGUCAAAGCAUGGAUGACGUUGCCUCUGGAAGAGGGAGAAGAGGUAGUCCUCGAGGGACUGGUGAGGAGGCUGAGUCAAGCAAGAAAAAGCAAGGUCCAAGGAAGUUUAAAAGAUAACCAAUGCAGAGAAUGAGAUUUAUACCUGCAAGUGCAACAUUGCUCAGUCC